AUGGAAUGUUCUCAUCCCAAAUCGGAGCUCCUAAUUAAAAGAGACAUUUCAAGGGGACAGAAAUCCAGCCCUUCGCCAGCCAACAUAAACGUACACGUGCAAGGCAAAGUCAUUAAGCAAGUUAACUCCAUCCGGAUCCUUGGAAUGAUCAUCCAAGAGAACCGAAAUAUUACCCAAGUCAUCGAAAAGCUAAACGUCUCGGUCCACCAGACCAUUAGACUGAUCCGACGCAUAGCGAACAGGAGAAGAGGCGUUAAGGAAAACGAUCUAUGCCGAUUGGUGCAGGCCUUUAUCAUCAGUAUAAUGACCUACGCCCUCCCCUAUCUACGAUUAUACAACGCCGAGAAACUCAAAAUCGAAGGACUCCUCAGGCAGGCCUAUAAGGCAACCCUAGGUCUACCCAUCAAUACCUCCACCGACAAGCUACUGCAGCUCGGCCUACAUAACACGGUAGACGAGCUGACUGAGGCCCAUCGGAGAAUGCAAGAGCUCAGGCUCGCUCGCACCAAUGCAGGUAGAGUGGUCCUGAGAAGACUGGGAAUAAACGCGGCACCACUCGACGCGGGCACCCGCAAAAUCCCGUCCAACGUCAGAAAGACAAUCACGGUAAAACCCUUACCGAAAAACAUGCACCCCGUCCACCACGAGGGCAGACGCAGGGCCCGGGCGCAAGCCCUAGCCAAGAAACUCGAAGGCCGAACGGACGUCGUCUACGUGGACGCGGCCGCUUAUCCGACCCCCAAAAAUGCGUACGAGAUCGCCGCGGUGACCGAGGAGGGCCAACUGGUAGCAAACGCGACUGUACCUACAAACUCAUCCGAAAUUGGCGAAGAAGCGGCAAUCGCCUUGGCGCUGACAAGCCCGCAAGUGAGGGUGAUUGUCAGUGAUUCAAAAGCGGCCAUUGGCAAUUUCACCAAGGGCCGCAUAUCUCCCAUCUCCUUCGGAAUUCUCAAGAAUUACCCGAAAGACAGGCAAGACGUCGAAUUGGUCUGGGUGCCGGCUCACUCGUCAAACCCGGGGAACGAGGCAGCCCACGAUAAAGCUCGAGGAUCUACCGGCCGAGCUGUGGAUGCUGACUCGGACGUCAGAUUGACAGGAGACUGCCUUAAAACCUACCACGAGAUCACUCAACACUACAGGCUCGAAAGGCUAACUUUCCCACCCCCGCAUAAGAUUUUAACCAAAGAACAGGAGCUACUAUGGAGACAACUGCAAACUAAAACUCUUCCUAACCCCGCGGUCUUAAGCCAUGCAUACCCAGAUAGAUUUAAACCCGAUUGCAGCAAAUGCGGCGGCAAAGCUACCGUAGACCACAUCUUUUGGGACUGUCCGACAGAUCCCCCACCAUUAUCGCUCCAGAGGCUCGCGCACCCGGGCCCGUGGGAGAACUUGCUGCUCAGCUCCGACCUGGAAACCGAAGUCCAGGCCGUGACUAGAGCCCAAGAGGUCGCCGCAAGUCUCCAUUGA